AUUAAUAUUUAUUUAUUUUUUAUAUUUAAUAAAUAAUUGGGUAAAAUUAUAAUGAGUGUGUGUAAUUACUAUUUAUCCUUUUAAUGGAAUUUAAUUUGGUUACUUUGAUCUUUUUUAGGCUAUUUAAGAAACAAAAAUUUAAAAAAGACUAUUUAGGAGAUUUGCCUAAAUUAUUUAGUUUGAAGGUAUUUUUACAAAUUUUCUUUAUUGUAUUUUUUGUUCUCAAUUUUCGCCGAGUAUGUUAUCGACCGAAUAAAGCUUGUUUCAAAACGUUCCGGAUAACUAAAUGGGUCCAUUAUGGGCUAAUGUUACUAAGGCAAAAAGCUUUGGUAAUAGCAAUUGAUCCUUCUAAUUUCAAUUUUCUCAGUAGUCAGAAACAAGUCAAACAAUUGUUCUGGAAGUACGACGUUUGGACUUGCACUCUUCUCAAAGGAGAGAACAUGGAGACGAAGAAAGAAGAAGUGACUCCUCUCAAAGGAAUAUUAUGUCUGAAAUCCAGACAAGACAUGAAGAGAAUCGAGGAAACAGAGGACUGCUUCAUCCUCGAUUUCAAUCCUUUUGAUUCUUUUGACGUUAAGAAUCUCUCUUUUGCCGGUGAUCAUGAGGGUGACAAAGAUCUGGCUAUCAUCCAUGAGUCAGGCCAGGUAGCUUGUAGAGAUUUCCCACAUCCAAGACACCUUUGCUUGAAUUUUCCCUUUGGAUCAACUCCUAAUGCAACCCAUUGUCAUCUGUGUUACUGUUGCAUCUGCGAUAAGCCUGCUCCUUGUGCACAGUGGAUGUCUUCGCAUUGCAGUGCUUCAGCAGACUCUAUGGAGUGGAGAACUAUGGAUUGACAAAUGCGUAACUAUUUACAUCUUUUGUUAUUAGAUUAUCUUUUGUUCACAGUCUCCUUUGCAUUUAGACCUUUGAAUUGAUUAGUAGAUCAACAACAUAGCUUUUGAAGACUUAUGUAAUCACAAUGCCUAAUUACUUAAUAUGAGAUUUGUUAUGUGUG